AUGAAACCAAGCAACAAGAAUCACAAGAGAGCAACGAGGAGCUACGUGAGAGGCCGCCGAAGGAGCGAGCCCGGUGCGCUCUCCCCAGCGCUUGCUGUCCACGGGAGGGCCCGGGGCCGGACCCGGGGCGGAGGGUCCUCCUCGGUUAAGGAGCUCAUCCUUAUAACCUGGAUAGGGGCCGCGGGAGGGGGCGUAGCGCCUGCCCGGGGGAGCGGGGGGGUUUGCUCACCUCAGGGCCGGCCCCCGGGAAGGGGCUCACCUGGAGGCCGUCCUCAGGUAAAGAGCUCACCUCAGGCCCCGCCCCAAGUAGGGCCGGCGGGCGCGACGGAAGGCAGUCUCCAGGUUAAGGAGCUCACCUGGCGGCCAGCCCCGCUUGGGGACCGCGGGCGGGGACGGAGGACGGUGGCGGCGGCAGGUCCGGGAUCCCGGGCUGCCCCACCACGUGAGACCGGCCCCCGCACCCCUUCCGCCCGACGCCGGCGGCGCGGCGGGGCGGGGCGGCGCGCACGCCAGGCAUCGCCAGCAGAGCGCCGAGGCGCCUCGCCCAUUGGUGGAGACGGUUGCGCGUUGGAGGCCCGAGCGGCCCAGCCCGCGGCCCGCUCCGUGUCAGUCAGUCAUGGAGCGGCCGCCCAGAGCCGCCGCUGCGGGGGCGGCAGGGCGCGGGGUGCGGGGGCCCGGCUGAGCCGGCCGUCGGAGCGAGACCCUGCGGCAGAGACGACGGAGGCGGAAGCAACCCGAUCCCGGAGGCGGCGGCGGCGGGAGGAGCCGGAGCCGCCUGGGAUGUUCAGCGGGGCGCGCGCCCGCAGCUCCCGCCGGCGGGGCGGUGGGGGCGGGGCGGGCGGGCGGGGCCGGCUGUGCGCGGGCGCGGCGGCCGCGCCUCCGCCCUCGGCCUCCGAGUCCCAGGCGGCCGCGGGCGGCGUGGCCUGCAGUCGGCAGCUACACCUGGAAGGCUCCGCGUUCCUGCUUGGGGUGGGUCCUGCCGGGGUGGCUGCCGGGCACCCGCCGGGAAGGGGUCCUGAGCGCUGGGCAGCCGGGCAGGAGCACAGGUCCGAAUCUCCUUUUCAUUUAAGGAAAAAGGAAAUGCCUUUUGGCCGAACUCAAGAUUAA